CUCAGUGUCGACUUGUGGAAGAGUGGGCAGCAGAGUAAAUAUGGCGGCGUCGUUGGUAAGGUUUAUCCGCGGAGGUCUUGGAAGGAGUUUUAAUAUUACCCGGGCUUCGUGUCUCCUGCAGCAGCAGAUCAGACCGCAGAGCUCCACCAAUGAGACCCGCCCCACAGUCAGGCCCAAAGAUGCUGUCACCCACAAACAGCUGGCAGCAUUUGGAGAAUAUGUGGCUGAAAUGAUGCCAAAAUUCAUCCAGCAGGUUCAGGUGACCUGCUAUAAUGAGCUGGAGGUGAUGAUCCAUCCUGACGGGGUGAUCCCAGUGCUGACCUUCCUGAGGGACCACACCAAUGCUCAGUUCAGGAACAUGAUUGACCUCACCGCUGUGGACGUCCCCUCACGGCAGAACCGCUUUGAGAUUGUCUACAACCUGUUGUCACUGCGUUACAACUCCCGCAUUCGAGUCAAGACGUACACGGAUGAGUUGACGCCAGUGGACUCUGCAGUACCCGUCCACAAGGCUGCCAACUGGUAUGAGAGGGAGGUGUGGGACAUGUAUGGUGUGUUCUUCGCCAACCACCCUGACCUCAGGCGCAUCCUGACAGACUACGGCUUCGAGGGUCAUCCCUUCAGGAAGGACUUCCCUCUAUCGGGAUACGUAGAGGUGCGUUAUGAUGAUGAGAAGAAGCGGGUGGUGGCGGAGCCCUUGGAGCUGGCGCAGGAGUUCAGGAAGUUCGACCUUAACACGCCCUGGGAGGUGUUCCCGGCGUAUCGAGAGCCCAAAGAGACUGCGCCCAAGCUGGAAGCUGGAGAGACGGCCCCUGAGAAGAAGUGACGUCCCUCUGUUGAGUCCACUCUACUCUCAUCGGCGUGUUCGUGUUGUUCUGCUCGACAACCCCAUCUGAAAUAUUUAUGUAAAUAAAAGCAACCAAUAAAACAAUGCCCAACCGGU